UUCUAAAAAUUGGAUUCCCUAGCAUAAGAAAUCCCUUUACAUUUGGCUGUCAGUCAUUGCUAGUCCCGUAGUCCAUUUGAAAUCUACCGUCUUCACACAAGGAGUAGAGAGAGAGAGGUCUCUUUGAUUUUCAGAGGGACAGGACAACCCACCAUCCGCUUACCCUAUACCUCCUUCCCCACAACCACCAAUCAUGCCAUCAGGUGCCAAGAAAAGAAAAGCUGCCAAGAAAAAGCAAGGAAAAGAAUCCAACAAUAGUACUGACCCUGCAUUUCAUUCUCAAGGUGAUGAUGGUGUGAAAACCCAUGAUGAGAACGAGAAUGAUGGAGGUGAGGUUAGCUCUCCAAUGUCUCAGGACCACCUUAACCACCAGCAUCAAUUUACUGAGGGAGGGGAAGAAGAGGUUGAGAAGAGAGAAGACGCUUCAUCUGCUCGAUCAUUUGUCUUGGAGAAAAAUUCUAUUGAAGGAUUUGGCAAUAACGGAGAGAGUAUGCAGAAAGGGGCAAUGGAAGAGGAGGGUGUUGUCCAGAUUGAUAGUAAUUUAAAACCUGAGGAUGAGUCUGAGGGCAAAAGCAUUAGUAUAGAAUCGCAUGAUAAAGGCUCAUCUACUGAUGAUGGGAGCUCUAGCAGUAGCAGUUCCGAUGAUGAGUCUCAUGUCGUUGAGAAGAAUGUAGUGGUGGUGGAGUCUGGAGAGUCGAAAGAGGAGAAUUAUUGUUCAAGUUUGGAUGCUGCCUCUUUUGUUGAUACAAUUAAGCCAGUUGAUUCUUUGUCCAAAUUGGUAACUCAAAUUACCGAUAUUCCAGUUGAGGGGGCUUAUAAUUUGGUUGUGGAAACUGCCCCUGUUAUUGACUCGGAUAAGGUUUCAUUGGUUGAAGAGGUGGUUCAAGUAACUGAGAGUGCUCCGGUUGUGGAUUUUGUGUCUUCUGAUGUGGUUGAAUCAGGGUUAAAGGAAAAUGCAGAAAAAAAAUUGCCUUCAGAAGACAAGAGUGCUGAGGCUUCAUCAAUCUAUGUGGAUUCAGGAUCACAGAACAAAGAGGAUAAAAUGGUUUUAACAUCAGAUGAGAAUGCUGCAGCAACUUCUGAUGCAAUGGGCUUUGCAGCACAAGAAGAUGAAGAUAAACUGUUGCUGUCACUUAAUGCUGCCAGAGUUGAAAAUGGUAAUGGUGCAGAAUGUAUCAAAGACUCAGAGAUUCCUGAAUGCUCUGAUAAUCAACCUCAAGUAGCUUCAACUACACAACCGGUGCAAACAAGUUUCUGGAAGGGUUGCUGUGGAUUGUUUGAGGUGUUUACAGGCUCCAAUAGAUAAAUUCAGAACAAAACGUCUAUGAGCUUGAUUGGACCAGUGAAGUUUGCGGAACUCUAAGAAGUACAUGGGUCAAAGAAGUGUGUUAUAGUUCUCAUCUGAAGUUUCUUUCCUGAACAAUAAUGGGUGAGAGGCCUGACGAUAAAAACACUCACAUAUUCAGUAAUUUUAGUGCUUCAGAAGAAAACUCAAAUGUCUUUAGUUUUGUAAUACUCCUUUCUUGUUAUUUUUUUUUGCAGCGAGUAGUGUUUUUCUCCCUCUCUUUCUUAUAAAUUUUCCUUGUUUCCGUUUGUUGGCGUGUUGUAUCCAUAUAUAGCAGAAGAUGCUUCCAUAUUAAAUUGAGGAAUUGCGUAAUGCAGAAUUUGCUUGUUCUA